AGUGACACUCUGGAACUACAGCACAAACUGCAUGGGCGACAGCCCGCCAUUGUACCUAGACUGAGUUCGCCAGAUCGCCUCGCCUUGUGAGGGCAACUAGUAACUCUACCUGCCGGCUCGCCAGCCUAGCACGUGUGCCCCCGGCAGCAGCCCGCCGCCGUCACCGAGCGCCUCCCUGGCCCAGCGUGAGGGGCUGGCAUCCGGCGCCACCACGUGUAUUCGGCCAGGGGCAGUAGCGGGUGUCGGCAUUGCGGAUGGCAGGCGGGCUGUUGCAGGGGCGGGGGCCUGGCGCGCUGCUUCCCGAGAGCAUGAGUCCCGCGGCGUGGUCCAAGUUUGCGCCCUUGCUCCUCCUCGCGGCUUCCGCCGUGCUCUUCGCCGCCUCCUUCGCCCUCCGCUUCUCCUCCCCCGAUUCCCCGCUGGGCGGUAGCGGGCUGCUGCCGGACCUCGCGCACAUGGACCCCGGCGGCAGCAGCUCGGGCAGUGGCAACGGCACGCGCUUCCUGAUCAGCAACUUCGGGCUGCCGGGGCCCGUGCCGUGGGAGUGGAUCCGAGACAGCGUGCAGCAGCAGUUCACUCUGGGGGGGCGCGUGCAGGUGGUGAGCUAUUUCUUGGACAAGGACGCACCUGACUCGGGCGCCAAGCCCUUCGAGUGGUCCAACGAGGGCAUCGAGCAGCAGGUCGCCAUGACGCGCCGCCGCGAUGCCAACUUCGGGUCAUACAAGCCCAAGGACACAGCAGCGUUCUUCUCGGCGUUUGACAAGUACCCGCUGCGCAACAAGUCUGUGCUGGUCGUCGGCAGCCAGUGGCCGUGGGUGGAGGCCAUCUGCCUGGGCUUCGACGCGGACGCCAUCACCACCGUUGAUUUCAACCGGCCCGUGGCGUCGCACCCGAAGCUGCGGCAGCUGGUGGUGGGCGAGCUGGAGGGCAGCAGCGAGAUGUGGGACGUGGCCGUGUCGUACUCGUCGCUGGAGCACGACGGGCUCGGCCGCUACGGCGACCCCAUCAACCCCUACGGCGACCUCCAGCGCAUGCAGAAGAUCAAGGGUCUGCUGAGGCCAGGCGGGCUGCUGUUCCUGGGGGUGCCGGUGGGCAACGACACGCUGGUGUACAACGCGCACCGCAUCUACGGGCCCCUCCGCAUGCCCCUGCUGCUCGCGGGAUGGCGCCUGCUGGACGUGUUUGGGGUGAGCAGCCUGGAGGACCUCUACAAAGAGAACUUCACUAUUGAUGUUGUGCAGCCGGUGCUCGUCCUCGCCGUGGAUGAUAAGGCAGGGGGAGAUGUCUGAUUUGUGUCUCAAAACUCAUGUGUUGGGUCAACUUCAAGGGUGAGCAGAGCAGCCCGGACGACCUGUGCCGAGAGCCUCCUCACCGCUGAGGUGGUGCAGUUGCUGCUCGUGCUCACGGUGGGCGGUGUCAAUAUAUAUACGUUAUAUAUAUAUUUAUAUAUGUUUGUAGGCUGGCUAGGACCAUACCAUAGAGAGUACAACACUUAGAACAAAACUACCUGGUAUGC